UAUGUAAAAUGGCGGGCCGACGUGUGCAGCGGAACAAUGAGCAUGAUGUUAAUGGUUUGAAUAAAAGACCAUUUAUGAUUGGGGUGGCAGGCGGUACUUCAUCAGGCAAGUCUUCAGUUUGUGCAAAAAUUGUAGAACAACUUGAUCAGCAUCUGAUUGACAAUCGUCAACGCAGAGUGAAUGUGAUUGGCCAGGAUAGCUUCUAUAAGGUUCUAAAUGAAGAAGAGAAGAAGAAAGCCUUCAAAGGACAGUUCAACUUUGACCAUCCAGAUGCGUUUGAUUAUGGACUGAUGAAACAAAUAAUGGAAGAUAUCAAGAAUGGGAAGUCAGUAAAGGUACCAAUAUAUGAUUUCAAAACACAUUCCAGAAAACCUGAAGGGUUUACAGUGAUCUAUCCAGGAGACGUGAUCAUUGUAGAAGGCAUUCUUGUCUUUUACUACCCAGAAAUACGGCGCAUGUUCAACAUGAAACUGUUUGUUGAUACAGAUCCAGACACUAGGCUUUCAAGGAGAGUUCUGAGAGAUAUUAAUGAUAGGGGUCGUGAUUUAGAACAAAUUCUUGUUCAGUAUACUCAGUUUGUAAAGCCAGCUUUUGAAGAAUUUUGCCUUCCAACGAAAAAGUAUGCCGAUGUAAUCAUUCCAAGAGGUGUUGAAAACACAGUUGCAAUAGGUCUUAUUGUCCAGCACAUUCGAGAUAUUUCUAACGGCGGCCUUAAAACUCGCAUGAUGAAUGGAGAUGCAGCGCCUGAGAGGGAUCAAUCGCUGAACAGCAGCCGGCCACACUGACAAAUAUAUUUUGCCUACUUUAAUGGUAUGUUGAAAUAGAGACUUUUUCAUUGGCCAGAUAGGAGGAUGAUUGGCCUGUCAGAUUCCACAUCUUUGGAAAGAAACAGAGCACAGGGAAUGGAUGCUGAAAGUAAAGCCAGCUUUCUAAGUUUUUAUUUCUAUUGUUAUUUCAUGCAUUGUUACAUACUGUAUACGCUAUGAGAUUUACAUAUUUUUUUUUCUCAUGGUUAUGACUACAAUUGUGUUUUUGGUUGGUGGGACUGUAGUCAGAGGCAAUGAAGCACCAUUUUUAUCCUUGAAAACAAGCCUUCACAUUCACAGUGCUCAUCUGCUCAAUGUAUGAAAGUUGACUCUGGAACUAGUGCUCUUAAUAGGUACUGUAUUUACCUAUUUGAGCAGUGUACUGUACUGCUGUUUAAGGAUCUGAUCCAAGUGUAUGUGGUAAGGGAAAUAUUUUCAAAGUACAGUAUUUAUUGGUUUCAAUCCAGGGUUUCAAAUGUCUAUGGUAACAAGUAUCCAUGAUUAGCACAAGAAUUAAUUAUACUAAUGCAGGACAGUGCUGUUGUUGUUAGAUCAAAAAUGCAAGUUAAGACUAUACCUACUGACUAGUAAGGUAUAACUAGUGGUUUUGAACUGUACUCUAGUUUUACUGAUACAAUAAACAACACUCAUAAACUAAAUGGUAGAAGUUUCUUUAGAACAAGAUUACUUUAUAUUAUUUGCUAUUCAUUAUUUAUUUAUUUAGUAUUUAUAUAAGUUCAGUGAGUCAAAUGGUCUGUAGAUGUAUUAGUUAAAAGAUGUCUCAAAAACAUGUUGUAGGAAGGCAAAUAUAGGGCUAUGGCAUGAAAAUUUUAUUCAGGGAAAAAGAAAUACAAUUAAGAGGUAGGAUUUUAUUUAUGAAAAUGCUUCCAUUUUUUUAGUCUAUGAAAUUCCUGAGGUAGAGAUUGUUCUCAAAACCAGCUCAGGUUUUAAUAUGCCUGAAUUCAUUGAUUAGGUAUGCACUCUUUUAAUGAUGAGUAUUGAUACAUGCAUAAACCGAUGGGUGUUUUAGUCAUGUGGGUCUGUGAUAUUUAAGGGUGGUAUGGUUUUUCAGUGGUUUUUGGUUUAAAAUAAAGGGUUGGGCAAACCAUAAAGACUUACUUGUUACUGGUUAAGGGCUUGCUAAGCCUUCUAAAUUUUUAGUUCAGAACGUUUUUUGAUCAUUUACAAUAUAAACUAAAACAAGUUUUGGAGUUGUUUUUUUUUUAGUUUUUUUUAAUACUUAAUAAUAAUUUGGCAGAUGUUUGUUUUGGUAUACAGAAUAUUUAUACCAUAUUAAUGUCAUCUUGAUGGGGAAAUCCAAUGUUUAUUAUGAACAAACUUAAUAAAAGGUUAUAAACAGUUUUACUGUGAAAAUAAAUUGAAUCAGGAGGGUUAGAAAAUAAUGUUAACUCAAAGCUAAAAAUCUACAAAACUAUAGUUUAUGAGACAUUAGAUUUGAUGAAACAUUUGUAAUUCUGUCUUGAUAAUUCACAGGCAAUUUUGAAUUACACAUCAAUUUUCCAUUAGUACAAGAAGGCUAUUUGUAUUUUAUUUUUUAUCAUCAAUUGUGAAAGAAAAUAAAAACAUGUUUAUUUUUUUUAAUGUAGAAGAGUUUUCUUUGCAAAUUUUGAUUUUUAUUCUUUAGAAAAGAACCUUUUUUCAAGACCUUAUGAAGAAGUUCUACAAGAUGUUUAAAUAGAUCAAAUCAAUUAUGUAAGAUGGAGUCAUAGAAGCCUAUUUUAGAAAGAAAUAAUUGGAAGGAGGUGAACAUGAGAUAGAUUGAAAACUGGCAUUUUACAAAUUAAUAGAUGAAAAGAAUUUGAAAAUUUGUUGCAUGUAUGUACAAAGAUAGGAAUAGAAACAAAGGUCAAAGAAUAUACUAAUUAUCAUGGUAGAAUUUAUUUUACUUACUUUUCAAAUUAUUUUCAUUUAGAGCAUUCUAAAUAUUUUAUUAUGUAUGUCUUGUCUUCCAAAUUUACAAUUAUGGCCACAUCAGUGUAUUUGUUUUUGUCUUUGAUUGCUUUUACUCAAUGUAGGCAUGAAUUUUUCUUAAUGUUACCUCUGCCUUUCUUUUGAUUUCUUUAAAAUUUUAUAUAACAAGAUUAUUCUCUUUAGAUUUAUACUCUGCAAAAAGCUGCCAUUGUUAAGUCUGUUUACAGUUAUUGUGUCACUCAAUUUUUGUCUAAUUUAUUUUAAUUUUAGGUAUCACAAAUUUAAAUAUCGCCCCCUCCGAGAAAAACUAUCACAAUUAAGUUUAUACUGAAAUUAACUGCUAUUCAUAAUACACCAUGUUGUUUUGAAUAGUGUUUUUUAUAUAAAAGUACAAUUUCAAAAUCAGAACAGUCUUGUGAUUGUAACUAAAAUAUGGCCAGUAAAGUUCCAGAAGAAUUUAAUUACACAUAUAUCAUUCAGCUGUAAAUAUGUUGAUUUAUUUGAGAGAAAAUCAAGCCUGCCAUUUAUUAUUUUGAAUAAUUUGUACUUAAGUAGUACAGGUUAUUCAAAAGUCAUUUAAUAUUACUAUUUUAUGCCUUGGUCAGUAAAAAUGUGAAAAGCACAAACGAAGUUUAAUAUUAGCUUGAUAUCAGAAAUGAAAAAAAUAAUUUUAUUAAUUCUAAUACUUGGUCUCCAUAUUUAUAUUAAGUACCAUAAAGUAUAAAACCCCUUAGUUUAAGUUGCUUACGCCGCCGUUCUGCAACAAUUUUGAUGGGUCGCAUAUCUUUUCAGAUUGUGGACAUUUUACUCAGCGAAAUAAAAAUUUAUAUUAAAGAAAUGUGCAUACAA